AUGGCCAGAAUCUGUACUCAAGUUACUUUAAUAAAUAGAAGAUUUAUCAGAGGCGGUGAAGUGAAGAGAAUUACUAUUUUCCAAACACCAGGAGAACACUAUUUGUUUAUCUGCUGUCAUUUCCCUGAGCUGAAUGAUUUUCUUAACCAACAGAAGUUAAUUUCUGCAACACAUAUUUCUGGUUAUAUGGUCAACAAAGUUUAA